GUGCGCGCGGUGUCGCGGCGGGUGACCCGCGUGCUCGGGCUGAAUCCGAGCGCGUUGACACUGCAGGGGACGAAUACGUACCUCGUGGGCACGGGACGCGAACGCGUGUUGAUCGAUUGCGGCGAAGGACGGCGUGGGUACGCGAAAAAUGUGAUCGAGGCGAUGCGUGCGAGCGGGUGUGAGCGCUUGAAGUGCGUGUUGCUGACGCAUUGGCAUCCGGAUCACGUCGGCGGGUUGCGCGGGCUUCGCAAAGCGUUGGGCGAAAACGUGCCGGCGUAUAAACGAAUUCGUACGAGUAAGGGGGAGUACGACGCGCGCGAGGGGAUGGUGAGCCCGUAUAAUGUUCGGGCGUAUGUAGAUAUACAAGAUGGAGACGUCAUCGCGGUGCCCGGAGCGACGCUUCGAGCAAUAUACACCCCGGGGCACACGACGGAUCACAUGUGCUUCGCGUUUGAGGAGGAGGGGGCAGUUUUCGCAGGUGAUUGCGUUUUAAACGGGUCCACGAGCGAUUUCGAGGACUUAACGAUGUAUUCAUCAUCACUCACGACGAUCAAGGACGAGUUGGAGUCUUUCAAGCGACGCGGAGUGCAGGAGAAUGGAUCGAACAGACUGUACCCGUCGCACGGCGACGUCAUCGAGGACGGCGCAAAGAAAAUCGACGCCUACAUCAAUCACCGCGUUAGUCGAGAGACAAUCUUACUGAACACCCUUCGCGAGCAUCGUGAGUAUGGGAUGACGGCGUGGGAGCUCACGCGCGCGGUGUACGCAUCCCUCGUCUCCUUCGUCGUUCUCUACACGUCGUGUGUGAAAAUCACACGACAACACAUCGAAAAGAUGAUCAACGACGGCGUCGUG